AUGCUUCCCCUUACCACUCUUGACGUUCACGAACAAGCGGCAUCUCCCCUCAAGGAUGAGCUCGGCCAAGAAAGCGACAAAACGACAGAGACACCCGACAACUCCAGCCCCGAAUCCAUCCCGCCUAUGGAGGCAGAGCACCAUAUGAUCAACGAUUGGCUCUCCGAACAGCUCCGGUACCACGCAAUCUACGCACCCCCCAUCUUUCCCAUGUUCCUGUACACCCUCUUUGCUAUCACCUACGGCGCAUUGGCUUCCCUUGGGGGGAGACGUCCAUUUAUCGAACUCUUGCUCGUGGGUUCUGGCCUCUUUCUGUUGGGGAUGCGCGUGCAGGUCCACAGGAGGCUAGAUCGAGAGAUCAAGGAGGUAGCGAAGAGUCUGAAGGUAGCAUUGGACGGUAAAGAAGUAGGAGCAAUCGACUUGAAAUGGUAUAGGCGUGCCACGCCUGGUCUCACGGAUUGUCAAACCGGCACCAUCUUUCACCCCUUUCCCCCCUCAUCAGAGGACCAUCACCAGAGCCCCAUCUCGCUUACCAGCUACCCUCUCAUGCGCAAGUUUGCCUCCUUUCCAGAAAAAGCCCGAAUCGUCGCAGUCUGCGUAUUUACGCCGUUGUGGGGAGACAUGUUGGUCACGGCGUGCGGUAUUGACGACACAAAAGUGUACGCCCUUCCGGUCAGGAUAGGGCUGGAAGUCAUAUUGACUCUUAUGCUGGGAAACAUGUUUGUGCUCUUUACUUUCGUUGUGGAAUACGAGUACGACCGUAUCACUGGCGGUCCGAAUCAAAGCUCGAUGGUUCAGGAGAGUAUGGAGUGGAACAGUCUGCUCUGGAUCCAGGAGCACAUGGGAUGGUGGGGAGUGUUGGUGAUGGAGCAGACACUUGGGCGUGACAGGAUGGAAGACUUGAUGGCCGCCAUGAGAGAAAGAGAGAAGCAGUAUGUUGACGACCGUUCGACAGUUUUGCAAGGAUUGAUUGAUCAAGGUUGCUCCGCUGCAACUGAGCGCGAGACGUUCUUCUCAACUGUAGACUAUGAUCUAUUGAACGAUGAGGCCGUUUACCCUUGA